AUGAAUAAUAGAACUCCUCAAGCUUGUCGAACUUGUCGCCAGCGGAAGGUUAAAUGCGACGGCCAACGGCCAGCAUGCCAGAACUGUCGCAAGAGGCAGGAUGACUGCGAAUAUCCGACCACUCUUCUCCCAGGAGGCUAUGCUCUUGAUAUCACGAACCAUCAGCCCCUAUUUUCACCUUCUAGAUCCUCUCCUUCCAUGCCCGUGUUGCCAACAGAAGGGUCUACUACUGAACAGUCGCAGAGAUCUGCUAGGAGAGAUAAUUUUCAACAGAGAUUAUUAGCAAUUUUCUGGUCCACACACCAUUCGGUAGAGCUGUGUGCGUGUAUCCAUCGGCCAUCAUUUGAAACAGAGUAUUCAGAGCCGCAGAAUGAAUUCCUUAUGUGCAGCAUAUCAUCUUUGUCGGCAAUCUACCUGUCUGAUGCAGAGGCGCGCGCUCAUACGAACGAGAUAACCGCAGCAUCUUUAUCCUCUUCGUAUGCUGAGCGGGCCAGGGCCAUUUCUCGUAGAACAUCGGACAGCCCAUCAAUAUCUGCGAUUCAAGCAAACCUAAUUUUAGGGUUACGUGAUUUAUUACAACGCUCUAUAUUGUCAGGAUGGAUGUAUAUAGGCCAUUCUAUCCGCAUGUCUCAAGGGAUGCGACUGCGUAGGGAGUUCAAUCAGCGUUUACGUCCUCGUGAAAAGGAACGUCGCCGUCGCACAUUUUGGGCAUGUGUAACUAUGGAUCGCCUGGCUUCAUACUGGUGCAAUCGACCACCCACGAUUCAGCUAGAUGCUAUCUCUAUCCGGCUACCUAUGGCAGAAGCUGCUUAUGCAUUUGACGAGGAAAGUGUGGCGCCAACCAUAGAUUUACUUUUGCAAGGCGCCAAUUUCGAGUCUUUGUCGGGUCUUUUACAACACUUUGUUGUGGCUGUUGCUCUCUGGGGGCAACUCUCUGGUGAGUAUGCGAUUGGUGGGCGUGCAACAGCCAAGGAUAGCCCAAUAAACCCUCUAAGUGAGAUACACAGUUUUCACCGUGUUCUCCUUGAAUACCAACAGUAUCUUCCAGCUAGUCUGAAAUGGUCAGAGGAAAGUUUCAGAGCACACAAGUCACUGGGACAGGGUCAAUUGUUUGUAAAUCUUCACUGGGUAAUACACCACGGAUUGUUUGUUAUUCAGCAGGAGUACUUACCGCAGUUUGAUCCAUUUGGAAAUGUUGACAGAACGAUUGGCGAUGCCGGAUGUGAUCAUGCUGGUAUACCUUUUAAUUACCGAGACGAAGAUGCGGUGGUGACGUGUCUUCAGAAUGCCCGGGCUAUUUCCUCGAUAUCCCGAGGAUUGAGUCGAUGCGACGAUCCAGCUCAUCGCGAUAUUUUUCAGUCUACGUUCGCUGCGUGUGCUUUGAUGUCCGCCGCACAGGUCUGUCUCUGGGGACAUUUUGUGGAACAGCACACAAGAGAAUACUCUCAGUGCGCGCCGUUCAUGGAAGAUUUUACAUUGUCAUUAGAUACUCACCGAACAUGGUCUUUCAAUUGGAAAGUGUGUGAAGGAUUCGUGGAAUCUCUCGAAUUACUUAAAAUGCUUUACGAGUGUGCCUACGGAGCCACUCAAAUCUCAACAGAAAAAGGAAGCGAUAAUAGUAGCGAUAGUAAUCAUAUUGAGUGUGGAGAGACAUCAUCAGCGAAACUGUCCGAAGGCGCAGGUUUACCUGAUCCUACUACAACCAGUCAACGCCUUUACUACCAAAUCCGAGCAAUCAGUGUUCUAGCUUUGGAAGACAAAAACUUCAAAAGACGAUGUCUUGCAGCUUUUACCAAAGCUAUGUGGCCCGACAUUAUUGGGGAUGAUAUAAUGGAAGCUUUUUUCCUGACAGAGCUUGACGGAGGUACUGAUCUCAGCACCGAGACGAUAUUCUCGACAUUUCCAGAAGAAAUAUCCAAGGAUGAGCUCUGA